UGUUCUUCUUCUCUGGCGCUGUGGUCUGGAGAUGCUGGCGCUCGAUUUGCAUCUCUAGAGCUCGGCAAUCCCAGGUAACUGGAUUCUCGGGGCUCUCGCUGCCAAUGCGCGCAGCGGGAUCAUGCCCUAGGACGAAUUUCUUCCAAUUCGCAUGAAUCCAAUCGAUCGGGCAUGAGAUGAUGCCGCUGGGUGUGGAAGCAGACAUCAAAUUGGUGCGGAGCGUGUUUCUAGCGCUGGGAAGCGAUGAGGAAGAUCAACCAUCGCCUUCCAGGCGUGAAAUUCUGGCCAAGGAGGCUGCUGACCUCGUCGCGCAGCAGAAGCGAUUGUCUGUUCGUGACCUGGCGAGUAAAUUCGAGCGAGGACAGGAAGCUGCCCACGCUGCCGCGGCAAAACUCGCCGAAGAUGAGAAGCUCCAGAGCGCUCUCAUGCUCGAGAGGCAAGAGCUUAUCACUAAGCUAAGAAACGUUUUGGAUGCGCUUGGAGGCCGUGUAGCUGGCCGAAACAGAGAUGAUGUCGAGGAAUCCGUGACUCUGGUGGAGGCUUUGGGCAUUCAGCUCGUGCAACGAGAGAUUGAAAUGUCCCAGGAAAAGAUUGAGCUCCGGAAAAUGGCUACUCUUUUCAAGCAGGCUUCAGGUGAAGCUAAGAAGAUGGUGGAAGAAGCUCGCUCCGUGGCACAGGCAGAGAUUGAGAAGGCGAAGGCUUCAGUUUUGAGAGUCGAGGCGUUGACUACUGAGCAACAGAGGCGUAGCUACAGUGAUUCCGAAAGAGCUGAACUCGAGGCAAUGAGGCGCGAAGUUCAAGAAGCUCGAAGAAUAAAAAUGCUUCACGAGCCUAGCAAGGUCAUGGACAUGGACUACAAACUUCAAGCUAUCCAACAACAAUUUGACGUGAAGUCAGCGGAGGUUCUGCAACUAAGGAAAGAGUUGGAUGUUGCAAAACACGGAGCUAAUGCGAGAGUUUAUCGUGUCGAUGGUACUGAAUGUCUGGGAUCUUUGCUAAGCUUAUCGCCUGUAGACGAGCAAGCACCCGAUCUAUCCUCCUGCAAAUUCCAAUGGCAUCGGAUCUCAGCUGACGGGGGUAAAAAGGAACUCAUAUCAGGUGCUGUUAAGUCACAAUACGCUCCGGACCCGUUUGAUGCUGGAAGAAUUUUGCGAGUGGAUAUUACUCUACCAGAUGGAGCGAAAGAAUUCUUAUCUACAACUGGCCCUGUUGAUCCAGCGCCUGGAUUGGGGAACUACGUCGAAGCGUUGGCAAAGAAGGGCGGUUCAGAGUUUAAUGUAGUUAUUGUACAGCAGAAUGGCGAGUACGUAGAAAAGCAAGCAUUGCACGCUUUGGAGAUUGGAAGACUCCGUAUGAAGCUCCGUAAAGGACUGACAACGAAGAUCAAAGAGAAAUACGCCGCCGGCAUGCAGCUUUGCGGAGCAAGAGGCGGCGGACAGGCCGCUCCUCUCGCCAUGUUUUGGCUUGUGAAGCGAGGCCUGACUUACAUGCUUGGAUUUGAGUCCGAGCGCGAGCGAAACGCUGCGAUCAUGCUGGCACGAAGAUUUGCGUUUGAUUGCAAUGUGAUGCUCGCCGGCCCAGACGAUCGAUCACCUAUAGGCACAUAAACGAAGUGAAAAGAGAGAAAAAAGAAAAGAAAAUUCUCGCUUGAGCUGUACAGGAUCAUCGUAUAGAGAUUAUCUUCGUGGGAUUCACGACACCCAUCGCAAACAGUAUAUAUAAAAUGAUCGAUCAAAGCUUGAAAUUUCCUUGGAUUGUUAGGAAGGACAGAUCUAUCUUUCUCCCAUCAUAAAUGAACGAGAGAUUCUCUCGAGAUUCCGGGUA